AUGGAGUCGCCGUACUUCCCACAGGAAAUGCCUAUGAGUAUUCUUCACGUUCUCUCCACCGCUGCGGCGAUCCUGGCAGUGCUCGCUCCGUUUCCAGACUUUUGGCGGAUUUAUAAGACCCGCUCCACAGGCUCCGUCUCCGUCUUAUCAGUCGUUCUCAUCUUCUGCAACUGCUACGCGUGGGUCAUGUACGCGCGUCGGGUGAACUCGAUCCCUCCGCUCUUCGUGGCGUAUGCGGUCGGUAUGCUUGCAUCGAUCGCCUUUGGAGGGAUUUACUACCACUGGACGCGAGACCACGCUCACAUCCACAAACUCUACGGGGCUGCGUUCUACCUUCUAGCGGGAUAUACGCUAUACUACAGUCUUGGGACGAGUGGUGCUACCAACCAGUCGAACGAAGCAGUGGCAAACACGCUCGGAGCUGUCAGUGGUCUCAUCAAUUUGGCUCUCGCAAGAUGA